GGCGAAGGGUCUUCUUAUCUGCAGCCCUGGAGCAACACCCAGACAUCAUUGGAUCUAUUGCCAGCAUGGACGGGUUUUCUGGUGGCAUUGAUAUCAAUAUAUUUGACGGCAACUCCACGGAGAAUGGGUCCGGUGACUUUGAGGAUUUCAUUGAGCCGUGUUUCAUGCACGAGAACAGUGACUUCAACCGGAUCUUUUUGCCAACAAUCUAUUCAUUUAUAUUUCUGCUGGGCAUCAUUGGAAACGGACUGGUGGUGGUGGUCAUGGGCUAUCAAAAGAAAUCCAGGACCAUGACAGACAAAUACAGACUGCACCUUUCUGUCGCUGACCUACUUUUUGUGUUCACCCUGCCCUUCUGGUCCGUGGAUGCUGCUAUUGGAUGGUACUUUAAAGAGUUCCUUUGCAAGGCUGUCCAUGUCAUUUAUACUGUCAAUCUGUACAGCAGCGUUCUGAUUUUGGCAUUCAUCAGCCUCGAUCGCUACUUGGCCAUUGUCCAUGCGACCAACAGUCAAGGCUCACGGAAGAUGUUGGCUGACAAAGUGGUAUACGCUGGAGUGUGGCUGCCGGCUCUUCUGUUGACGGUGCCCGACUUGGUGUUUGCCAGAGUCAGCGAUGAAAAUGGUCAGUUUGUUUGCGACCGCAUUUACCCCAUUGAGAAUCGGGAAACUUGGACUGUUGGGUUUAGGUUCCUACACAUCACAGUAGGCCUUAUCUUGCCUGGUCUGAUCAUUCUGAUCUGUUACUGUGUCAUCAUAUCCAAGCUUUCCCACUCCAAGGGCCACCAGAAGCGCAAAGCUUUAAAGACCACCGUCAUCCUCAUCUUGGCCUUCUUCGCCUGUUGGCUUCCUUAUUAUGUAUGCCUCACUACCGACACAUUCAUGUUGCUUGGGUUGGUGAAGGGAGACUGCAUUUGGGAGAACACCCUACACAUGGCCAUAUCCAUCACAGAAGCCUUAGCCUUCUUCCACUGCUGCCUUAACCCCAUCCUGUAUGCCUUCCUCGGGGCCAAAUUCAAGACAUCUGCUCAGAAUGCUUUCACUUCAGUCAGCAGAGGCUCAAGCUUAAAAAUAUUAUCCAAAAAGCGAGCUGGACUUUCUUCUGUCUCAACAGAAUCGGAAUCCUCCAGUUUUCACUCCAGCUAACAGUGCUUGGGGCCCAUGGACAGAUUUUAUAUGAAGCUAAAGACUGAUCUCCAUGUAUAUAGUUAAUUUGCCAUAUGGAUUUAUAUUGACUUAUCUUUAAUGACUAUGAGACUUUCUUGCCUUAUUUAUAAGACCCCCCCCCCCCUUUAUGUGCGUGUGUCUUGAAAGUAGGCGGGCCCUGUGAACUAUUGAUUGGUUCAAGAUAAAUUUGUUAUCAUUUUAUAUGAAUUCCAAAGUAAGACUACCCAACGUUCAGAUUCAUAAAUCAUCCCAGUGUUAGCCAAUGAGAACAAUGGAUUCUUCUUUUCUAUUCACUGAUGAAUUAAAUUAAUUUUGUAAUUUCAUCAAUUAUUUCCAGUGUUUUUAUAAGUAAAUGUUGCAAUGAUUUGGUAGAUAUGAGCUGAGGUUUCUGCUGUUAGUUUAGGAAAUCAGUGGUGAAGCUGUUGGUGUGUUGGAUAAGUAGAAAGUUAGUUAUUUUAAACUGGAUUAGUAUCUAAUUGGGUGUAGAGGGUGAUUUAAAGAUCAGUGGGCUGUUUUUAGCUGUUGCAAUUCACAUUCUCCCCUGUGGAUGGCUUCAUAUAAGACAAAGCUAUCAAGUUAAGCUGCGCUUAUAAGGUAAAAAGGCAAAUGAGAAUUGUACAACUGGAUGAACUGAUUUAGAUAUGUACCAAUUUCAGACAAUUCUCCGGCAAGUACUUGUGUUACUUUGUAUCCGUAAAGGCACUUAAAAACUACAUUAUCAUUUCAUGUUAUGACACCCACAGAUCUCUAAGGUGUAGCACUGCACCUAUUAAAGGGCUACCUUUUAUUGUUUGGGCUGUCUGGGCAUGCUGGGAUUUGUAGGUUGUUCCCCAUAAACCACGUUAAAGGAGGACAUUAAUUAAUGUUCAUUAAUGUUGUAUAUUCUGUGUUUGUCAAUAAAACCUUCUAGAAUGAAA